AUGCGAAAAAGGAAGGAGAACGAGGACGAGGACGAUGACGAUGGCAACAAUGUGACAGCUAUUGGAAGAUGUAAGAACGAAAUGGUGUACCAAAAUACGUUGGCAAAGACACUGCAAGUCAACAAUACAAUUUCCAAAUCUAAUGGACAAUUUGUUCAAGAGCACCCUGAAAACGACGAACCUGAGGCUGAGGAGCAGGAUGAGGACGAAGACGAGGUAGAGGAAGAGGAAGACGACAACGAAGACGACGACAAUGAAGACGACGACGACGAUGAAGACGAGAACGAAGACGACAAUGAAGACGACGAGGAUCUUUCCGGUUCCAGUUGCUCUUCCGGCAUAGACAUCCCGUAUAACACGGGAAGUAAAAUUACCAACAUAACUCCGGAAUUCAGGAAAUGGAGCAAUCAACGCGGCUUCUCAAUGGAGGAUGAAAGUUUUACAAAGCUGCCCGAAGACCAACGUCAAAAAAUCUAUACCCAAUUGGUUACUCAGUAUAUGAGGGAGAAUGAGAAGAAGUCCUCCAAACGGCAUUAA